UUUCUUUCUGACUCCACGCUUGAAGCAAGACUGCAGCAGUUUCCAGCAUAGUGAAGCAAAAAAAAAAAAAAAAGAAGAAAAGAAAAAGGAAUCAACACACAGACAUGAAGGACAAAGCGAGGAAAGGAGCAGCAGGAAGAACUCAAACCAAGACUAAUGAUGUUAUCAGUGUUACUCAUAGAAAAGAUGCUCCUGCUAUCAAGCAUGAAGAUGACUCAUCGUUUCCCGUCAAGAUCCAGGGAGCAGGAGUGGAGCCUUUUGAAUUUCCGAUUCUUGGAUUUUGGCUAGUUCAAGAUGCGCUAUCAACUUUGCUCUCAAGAGAUGAGGUCGCCCCGCGCUCCAACCUGUCCCUGGCCUUCGCUGGCGCAACUCUCGACCCCCUUGCAGGAUUGCAAAACAUCAAGGGACUUAAACCUGGAGCCGUCCUGCGUCUGGUUGAGGAGCCUUUCACUGCUCGCUCAGCAAGGCACCAUUUGGCACGGGUCCUAGAGCUGUUGAGGGCAUCUGGACCUCAGGAUGCAUUGAGAGAAGGACGUUCACCAAGCUUACUGGAAACGCUUACGCAUGCACAAACACCAGAAACAAACUUCCCAAAUGGAAAAAGCCUGAAACGGUCUACAAGCAACCCAAAACCCGAAGCGGCCAACAAUGAUUGCCCACCCCCUGAGUACCUCCUUCCUGGUUCCUCAGACAGACCACUGAUGGCCCUACUACCACAUAGCUCCCAGCCAGAGGUCCCAAGCUACCUUCGGGACUUGUCUCUUAGCUCUUGGGACCCUCCUCCAGGUCAUAGGAAAUUGCAAGGAGACUUCCUGUACAUUACUGUGGUGACGAUGGAGGGACAAAGGUGUGACAUCACAUCUAGUCCGAAAGGCUUCUUUGUUAACAGAUCGACACCAGAAGUAUUUGAUCACCGUCCUUCGCAAUCAUCACCAGUGUGCCACUGCUUCACUGACCUGCUCUGUCACAUUAGUCCUGCCUUCAAACAAGCUUUUACAAAAAACAGGCAUCAGAUAUCGCAAGUGGACAUGAUGCCUACUCCUUACCAAACGCUGUGCUGGCUCGGCCCUCCCUGUGCAACACGCACCCACAAAAACACCUUCAGCAGGCUGGGGGUAGAUGAUCAACCGGCAAACCAGGCUCCAGACUGGAAUGAGGAGCUGCAAGCAGCCAGAGAUCGUCCACAGACAAGCUUGGAGGAGAGACUGCAGAGGGAGCGAGCUCUGCUGCAGGUAAAUAGUGCAUUUGUGAGGACUGUGUCCCACGGGGCAGAGACUGUGGUGGAAGGCUUUGCUGAGCCAGUCAAUGGUAACCCUGAGGAUCCAGCUUUCUUGUUUGGUGGCCUGUUCAUGAGCCAGGGGGCAGCUAGUGCUGUGUUUGGUGGCGAGAGGGGCCGCAGGGCUGCUCAGAGAUUGGAGCUUAAAGGAGUGCAGGUUUACAGUGAUUUACAGGGACUGCAGGGGUUGCACACUCUACCUACGGCCAUUGUAGACUACAGAGGAGUGCGCCUGUCAGCCCAAGGUUUGGCUCCUGGCUUGGAAGGCACGGAGCAGGAUGAGGGAGCGGCUCCCGUGUCACGGGGGUUGCUCUAUGGAGUGAAUGCUGGAUUGCAGGAGUCCCCCCAUCGCAGACGCCUACUGGAACUCCUGGCUCACGCUUCCAAAGCUCUUUCUCUCCAGAAACAUGUUGUCUUGGCACCCAAUGGUCACCGCGUACCACUGUUCACAUCAGUGGAUGCACAAGGGCUGCUGGGGGCUGACGGGCGGUUCUACAUAUUGGAUGUGUUUAGGACUUUUCCAGCUGAUGCCAACUACUGUCCAGAAGUCAAUGGUGAGACAAUAAGUGGAGAAGAGAAGGAGAAAGAAAUCUGCAAAGGAGCUGAGGAGAAGAGCACCAGUGUAAAAGGAGGCUGGCCACUGAAUUAUCAGAAAGACUUUGGCCUUCCCAAGAGUUUUGCUCACAGCUUGUGUAGACUGAGGCCAGAGUUGAUGCAGGUCUUCAUCCAGCACAAACACACCCAGUUCACACAGCUUGUCAGGGAGAAGUUGGAUAACAACGGAGGCUUUGAAGAAUGUGCGACAGCUUCUGACUCUCGAGCCACUGAGGCAGUACGAGCUGCUUGUAGAGAAGUGGGCUCUCUUAGUGAAAUCAUCUUUGAGAUGCGAUUUUGCCCCAAUGUCUUCUCUCCAGGAGUAUCAUACCCCAGCAGUGAAAGUGUAUCACUACAGAUGCAAGAAAAGUUACUGCGAGAAGCUGCGGCUUUCCUUAUCACCCACCAGAUACCAGCCUUUGUGGAGUAUUGUCUGCAAAGCGAUGAGACCCCAAUGGAUGGAGCUUCCCUGAAGGAAGGGCUACACGAGAGAGGCAUCAACUUACGCUAUCUGGGCCAUGUUAUCAAAACCAUCAACCAGUCCAAACACAAAGAGAACCUAAGGCAUUUAAUGAGAAUAGUCAGGAGUGAAAUAUUAACGCGCUCAACAAAGAGAGUCUUCAACAGCUUCCUCCAGGGAGUGGACAUGCCUUGUUUAGCUACAGCGGUCAGUCACUUCCUGUGCUGCCUGUUGGUCCCUCACUUCACAGCCACCACAUUGGGAGAGGAGACAAAAAAGAAGUCACGGCGCCGUGGCCGAGGGCCUGGGGCCUCUGAGAGUACCCCCUGGAGCAUGCUCACCGCGACUGAGCUAUGGAACCAGGUCUGCCAGGAUGCUGUUGAAACAUACGGCCUCUCUGACAGUCUUGGUCCUGGUCUGAACCAACUGGUUGAACGCUACGGACUUCAGAAGAUCUCACUGCUUAGAGAAUUCUGUUUAAAAACUGGAGUACAGCUGAGAUUGAGGGACUACUUCUUUGACAGCCAUAGUAAAGCUCCCAUCGGACCAGACGACAUUAUCAACAUAUUCCCCAUUGUCAAACACAUUCAGAUGCCCACUUCAGAUGCUUCGAAGGCAUUUCGUGCUGCACAGAACUACCUUGAGAAAGGUCUGUUGGAUCAGGCCUAUGAACAGCUAAAAGAUGCUGCAUAUCUGUUUGGUAGAGUGUGUGAUGAUCUCCAUCCUGAGGCUUGUUAUUGCCACAGCCUGCUGGCCAAGUUAGCGUUUCUUCAGGGGAAAGCUGCUGAGGCCCGCAGUCUCCAGUUGAGAGCCGUGGUCAUCAGUGAGAGAGUGCUCGGGUUUGAUCACCCCAACACUAUCCACCAAUAUGCACUCUUAGCUAUAUAUGUUUGUGCUGGAGGGGAGACCAACCUGGCCCAGAAGUGUUUGCUCAGAGCACGUCUGCUUCUGCUAACCAUCCAUGGAGAAGACCACCCAUACAUUGCCAGGCUAGAUAGUUGUCUUGGCCUGCUGUUAACAGGGGACCAAGCAGGGAAAUAUCUAAAAAACGCCCUCAGACUCAAUACUUCCUUCUUCGGCGCAAAAAAUAUGCACACUGCCCUCACUCAGCAUCUGGUGUCCCAGUGGCUGUGCACCAAAGGUGACUACCGAGGUGCUAUGAAUCACGAAAAAGAGGCCCUCGCAGCUUUCACCACCUUGUUUGAUGAGGAUCACCCUCAGACACGAUGCAGCAAAGAGUUUCUGUGCACAAUCACCAAGCAGGCCGUGCAGGUAGAACGCUCCCUCAGACAGGCUGGAGCUAAUGCUACAGAGCACGCAGUGGAGUGCCUGACCCCUACAAGUGAGAAUGUUCUGGAGCAGAUGGUUCUGGUCACUGGGAUCAAGAAGAUUGCUAUUAGUGACAGGUAUCAGGAGUACAAGCAGAAACAUCAGGAACUAAAGGCAGCCGUGGCAAAAGAGCUGAUGAGUAAAGCCACAAAAGAGCUCUUAGAAGUUAUGAACGGACAUGAGGAGCCAGCUCAAGAAACCGGAAGCGGCGCGGGCGAGGAAAUUCCGAACGGAGGAAGCCUGACGCUGGAGGAAACGAGUGAGAGCCAGCAAAUGCAAGAAACCUCAGUCGACACCGUGGGCUCAGCUAACGGUCACAUGGGAGAGGAGAAAACAGAAGAGGACGGAGGCAAGGCAGAGCCCAGCCAAAGUGUGGUUUUAAAUGCUGAAGCCAAAAUGGAGGAUUUUGCUCAUGGUGACUCAAGUGCAGCAAAUGGGGUCAAGGCCACUGAGGGGAUGCAAUCUGACCAAACACCCGACGAGAAGAAGUCAGAUGAGGUUACUUGGAGCCCGAAGAGUAAGGGAACGUGGGCAGAUGUUGUCUCAAACAUGUCAGCAGCUGCUGAAACAGGAAGCAAUGGGGUACAGAGCAUCUCUGUCAAUGGAACAGAUAAAGUGUAAAAACAUCAGAUAUUAGAAAUUAGUGUAGCAUCCCACUGUAAGAUAAACGGCGACAUGACGCGCUUUACUGUGAGUUCGUGCUGGGAGGUGUCUUGUCUGCUCCAGCGCUACUUUUCUUUUUAAAAUAAACUUUUUACCAUG